CUGACGACUUCGGUAUGGCUUUCGAGUUUAGAAAGCCACACACUAUUCCUCAGGAUCUGCUUCUUAUCCAAGGCAUCGUUGCAACAACACCGUCCAUCGCGAAAACCUGCCCGAAAACGGAUGAAGUGACGAGUGAUGACGACUCGAUCGCUAGCACGGACAACGAGAUCGACAGCGAGGUGGAGGUAGAAGCAGACCUUGUUCCUGUCGAAGAAGACAAGGAAAAACAAGAUGAGGUACCGGAUGGCGCAGCACAUCCCUGCUCGCCCUCGGAUUCUGAGUUAGAAUCAAGCUCAGAGGAAGACUCCAAUGUAGAACCAACACUAAGGGACGCUCACGCCUUAGCCUCACAUGAUCAUGGCUCUGACAACGAAUACGAAGAUGCGGGGGCAACUGGUGAUACUGGACAUGAUGUCCAUACGAAGAAUGAGGUAGUCGACGCAGGCAUCGUCAUUCCCGAAGUAUCUGAAGUUAGUUCGGAAGACACUCUCGAGAAGGUCGGCGAAGUCAUGAGUAUUGUUGGAAAUGUCGUCGUAGUUAAAGGUCUUCUGGCUGACAACCUGAAAACAUUGUCUGAACGCGCUUUGGACGCUGAAACACUACUCGUGUUCGACGAUAGAAAAAUAUACGAAACGUUCGGGCCCACAUCGCAGCCUCUGUAUCAGAUAAAAUUCAAUCAAAAGUACCCAGUGGACACGGAGAAAAUCCGAAUGUCACGCGAAGUUUUCCAUGUCCCUCGAAGGAGCAAGUACGUCUUCGUUGAACAGCUUAAAAGGAUCCGUGGAAGCGAUGCUAGCAAUAUACAUGACGAAGAACCUGCAGAGGACGAGCUGGAGUUCUCUGAUGACGAACAGGAAGCGGCAUUCAAGCAACAACGCAAAAAAAGGCGCCAGCAAUCCGUUGCGUCAUCCAGGCAGACCACUCCUGUGCCCCAGCAACUGUAUCCAGACAGGAUGUCUGACGAACUUUUCACUAGGUCUAAUCCCUACGAUGCACAUGGACCAUAUGACGACGAUUAUAGUUUAUCUGGCCCAUCUCGGCAAGCUCCCUUACCUUACGACGACCCUUACGCUGAACAACCCCCACCUGAGGCAGUAGGUCAGGAACUUGACAAGCCUGCACAUGUACGCUCGCAACGACCGCACCCCAGCGCGGCCGAGAGAACUUUUGAAACUCGAGGGAGGGGUAGAGGCCAACGUGGACGUGGUCACCAACGUGAGGUAAAGGGUCCUAGAGGUCGGGGGUCUCGAGGCCGACUUGGGCGCCAUCAUAGUCACCCGUCAUCAUCUCCAAGUGCGUUUGAAGGUGCAACGACUGGGAAUUUUGCCAGCGAUGCUUCGAUGUACUCACCGUCACAGUCUGAGCCAACGUCUUGGUAUUAUCCACAAUCGAGAAGUCUCCAGUCGCAGAGUUACCAGCCCCCCGUUCAACCACACAUUAACCCUCGUUUUGCAUCUGCCUUCGGGUUUGCAUUGCCAGGUAACAUGGGACCAUGGAAUUCCCAGCAGACGCAACAGGCUGUCCCGUAUUACACGGAGCAGUCACAACAGGGUUGGAGUGUCCCAUGGACACGGCCUGGCGAUGAUUCUGCAGACGGGGAUACAUACACUCCAAUGUAAUUUCAUUUAUUCAGCUUCGUUUAGCAUGACCUCGGGACUCCCCCACCGAGGUCAGCUAGUCGAACAGUGUGACCUGUAGCGUGUCUGCUUCGAGAGCUCAUGCUUUCUGUCUGAAACGGCGACGGAGAUGCAACCAAGAAUGUGGUAACCAGACGACAAGUAGAUGUUUAGUUGAUUAUUGUUGACCUUGUGGACUUCCUCCACGUCGUGUAUUUGGACAAACCGGUGUGA